ACUUUCAUUUUCAUUCUUUGUGCUGAGUAACGGUGGCUUGUCGUCGUUUCGUCGAUGACAACUGGAUAUUUACUUUUCUGUCGUAUUUAGAUCCCACGCUAUCUACUGGGAUAAAUACAUUCAGUAAGCGUUUAUUUGCAAAAAGGUUUCAUAAAGUUUUGCACUAAGGUACAUUUCUGCAGCAAUGACUUCCUUAGACAUGAGCCCCGCGUCUAAAAAACAGGUGGAUGGAUUCGCCCAAAAAAUUACUAAAGAGGCCGAACAGUUGCUCUCUAACUUCUUCCCAGAGAAGAUUGCAGAGAUGGACAACCUGUUGCAGGGAUCCUAUAGUCUAAAGGAUCUGUCUGUCAUCAAGGCUCCUCUAGAAAUCCCAAUCCCAGACCCUGCCAAAGAAGAGCUCAAGAGGAAGAAGAAAGAGGAGAAAGAGGCCAAAGAGGGAAAGAAGAGUGGAGCUAAAGAAGAAGAAGAGGAUGAAGGCCCUCCCUGUGGUCCCAUCGCCUGCAAUGAGACAGUAGAGAAACUCAUCAAACAGAUCAAGCCUGAAAUUCAGACUGUACAGGAGUGUCUUAACACGGUGUCGAUUUGGUUACAGCUACUGAUCCCCCGUAUUGAAGAUGGGAACAAUUUUGGAGUUUCUGUACAGGAAAAAGUUUUUGAAUUGCUUACCAAUACUCGUACCAAGAUCGAGGGAUUCCAGACACAGAUUUCUAAGUACUACAGUGAGAGGGGAGACGCUGUAGCCAAGGCUUCCAAACAGCCACAUGUGGGAGAUUUCAGGCAGCUUGUCCAUGAACUGGAUCAGCACCAGUACUGUGAAUUACGCAUUGUAGUCCUGGAGAUUCGCAACACUUACGCUGUGUUGUAUGAUGUCAUCACUAAGAAUCUUGACAAGAUUAAGAAACCCAGAGGAGACUUAUCCUCCAAAGCACUUAUCUACUAAGAACCCCAGCCAAUCUGCACUGAAAAGACACAGACACACAAACAUACACAUUUUCUGAAAGUGAAACAUGUCAUAUUGUAUUUCGCAUCUACUGUCAUAGUGCAUUGACUAAAGCUUCAAUUUCAUUUAUUACAGAAGAAAUCUACUGUAGUACUGUUUUUUUUUUUAACACAAUAAAGUUGUGAUACCGUGUGUAACAUC